AUGUGGGUGCUGGCACUGCUUGGGAUUUUCCUGGCCGCUGCCAAGGCUUGUAUCUUUUGUCGCCUCCCGGCUCAUGCCUUGCCAAGCCGCCUGGCUCAGCUCAGUAGCCAGAUGGAGACGCCUUGGAAGGAAUGGGCUUCCCCGGAUUUCUCAGCCUUUGCCUUAGAUGAGGUGACCAUGAACAAAAUCACGGAGAAGACUCACAGAGUCCUGAGGGUCAUGGAGAUAAAAGGAUCCAUCUCCUUGCUUCCUACAUAUUGGCAAUGGCUUCAGAAGACCAAGAUCCCCCAGUACACCAGGGAAGCUCUCUGUGCUCCUGUCUGCUGGGGCAGCACCAUCCUGUACAACUGCACCACCUGCGAGGGCAAGGAGGUGUCUUGUUGGCCCCGAAAGCGCUGCUUCCCAGGCAGUCACGAUCUGUGGGACGCUAAGAUUCUGCUCUUAUCGAUCUUCGAAAUUGUCCUGCUUUUGGGUGUUGUGAGCCUCCACGUGGAGUACCGCCACCUGCAAGCGAAAGAUUUGUGAAGAUGCUGGCUGCUUUCCCAGCCCCAGCUCUAAGGAAUUUGUGCCCACGAGUUCUACAUCGCUAAGGUGGGAACAAGCCACUUUUUAGACCCAGCCCCAAAGCCUCAGAUCCUAAAAGUCAGACCUUUGUAGUCAAUAUUAGUGUCAGAUGCCUCCAGGAACCCAAGCACCCACAGCUGCAAAGUUCCUCCUCCUCUUCACUCCACCAAUCAGAGAGCAGUGGAUGAUG